UGGGGCAGGGCGGCGGGGGCGGCGGGUACGUAUUGCCAGGUGAAGUUGAGAGUUGUGAUCGCUUGGCGUUUUUCAUUCACGAUGCGCACGCAAUAACGGUUGGUGUUGAUUCCCGGGCCGAGGUAAAAACACUUUUGGGCUUUUGGCUCGGACUUGUGUGUGCGCUUGACCUUGUAUACGGCAGGUUUGAGGAACGGGUACGUCGCCCCCGGUGGGGAAGGGUGCCCGUGUCACAUCUCGUUCGGCGAUUUCUUCUCUGGGUAGGAUGUGGUGAAGGUGCAGUUCAGGGCGCUGCAUGCCCAAGGUAUGGCCUCGGCCCAAGGGGAGGGAUAGAUCGUUGCUCCGGGGUAAAGAGCUGGCGCUUGGAUACGGGCGGCUAGAGGUGCAUCCUUGAUCAGACCCAGUGCUCUCUCAGCUACACCGUUGUAUUCUGGACUGUGCGCGGGGGUGAACUCCUGUUUGAUGCAGUACUUCCGGGACACCUUGCCGAACUCUCUCUAAAAAAACUCUCCUCCGUUGUUGGAUCUCACGACCAUGACAUCGGACUGGGCACCGUCUGCCCGGUUUUCUGCAAGGUAUCUCUCGAAUGCCUCAGCUGCGUCUGAUUUGUGCUUCAGGAAAUAGACACGGUUCCACCUUGUGUAAUCAUCCUUGACAAUUAGAGUGUACCACUUCCCCCCGGAGCUCUGUAUCCUAGCUUUUCCACUCAGAUCCACGAAAACUCGCUGCAGUUUCUUAACUGCUCGGGUCGACGUCUUGUUGGGGAUGGGCUUGGGAAGCCCCUUUGCCGUCGAGCACCCCAGGCAAUCCCGGAGCUCGCCCACCAGAGUCGUCCCCUGCUGCUUCGCCGUGGUCCUCAGCAGCACCUCGUGGGAGUGGCCGUGCGCGCAGUGGAAAUCGUUGAUGUCAACGGGGGUGCUGGGCGCUUUCGCGUUGCCAGGAGCAAUUGCGGCACAGGCAUGUUCGGUGUGUGUGCGGAAACCGCUUUGGACGUACAGGUUUCGACCUUGGCACAAUGGCAGCCCUGGGGCCCGCGGGAUGCCCGCGCGCGUAGCGCCGGCGGCGCCGCCGGCCGCGCCCCAGGAGUGGGGCGUGGGCGACGCUGGCGAUGGCGCCCCCUCGAGCAGGGAGGGCGCGAGCGUCGCCCCAUCUACCACGUCGACCGGCACGGCCGAUGUGGGCGGCGGCGAGGACGACCGCCGCAGCCGGGGUAGCGGCGGCGGCGGCGGCGGCGGCUGCGGCGGCGACAGCAGUAGCCGCGGUAGCGGCGGCAGUGGCAGCGACAGCAGCAGCGGUGGCAGCAGCGUCGAUGACGGCGGCAGCGACAGCAGCAGUGGCAGCGACAGCGAGACGGAUCUCCCGGCGCUCUGUGGGCCAGAGGCCCGGCGGCUCGCCCGCUUUGACAAGCCGGCGGAACUCACCAGCCGCCGCACUAGGGAGAACCCUCGCCGAAACCCGAGUUACGAGGCGCCCCCGUCGCCGACAAGUGCCGAAGCUCUGCUCGCCUCGGUGGCGAGCCUGCCCGUCAGCAGCACGGAGGAGUUCACCCGCUGGAUACUCUCGGCGGUGCUUCACGUGGCGGAGGGGCUAGAGGCGAGGGUGGUGCGAGAGUUGCUGUCCGAGCGCGCGGAGGAGGACCACGGCUACGGUCAUGGGGGGGGUUCUACUUCCCUCGGACGCUUGCCUAUGGGGGAUUCACUUAGCUCGUGGGACGCUAGAGCCGUCUCGAAGGCGUCUGGCGAGUUGAGCAUUUGGAGGGACUCGAAGGGCCAGGGUAGGGCGGAGCGUGCUCUUCUCGCGAGCGACGGUAGCGGCGGGGGAGGAGCGCCGAGCCGCGGCAACAGCGGCCGCCGCAAGGGUCGCGGCGGCGGCGGCGGCAACCAGAAGGGGAGAGGGGGUGGCGCGAAGGCUGGAGGCGGCAGCGGAGGCGGCGACGACGAUGCGGGUAGCAUGCGCGGUCGCUGUUUCUGGCACGGCAAGAAGGGCCACCAGGUGGCCAACUGCCCCGAGAGCAAGUCUGUGCGAUGUGAGACAUGCAAAGGGUACGGGCAAGACAAGAGCAAGUGCUCGACCGAGGAAGCGGUGCUCGUGAUGGAAGUGCCGGCGGGGGGGGCGUCUGCGGACACCACAGCACUGGACGUGGCAGAAGAAGCGCUGGUGGUCGGUGACAUCUCAGGNCAUGCGCGGUCGCUGUUUCCGGUGCGGUAA